CUCCUGCGGAAACGCUUGACUUCUGGUGUGAAACGGGUGUUUGAAGGGCAGGGCAGAUAGAGGAACUCACUCUCAUCUACAACAAACAUGAAGAAAGUCUGAAUUCAAACACACAGCUUUAAUGAAACAGGGGUUCAGCGUUAUUCUGCACAAUGACUGAGUGUUGUCACACAGAUCUGACGGCGGAGGAGCAGAUGGAGAUCGAACGGCUGAAGAUGCACAAGCAGGUUCUGCUGGAGGACAUUGAGAAACUGAAGAACCAGAUUGAAAACGUCAUGGCAGAUAUUCAGGAUUUCAAGUCAGCAGAAGACAAUAAGAUGCUGGAGAGGGAGAAACGCUUCUCUAGUGGCAAGAAGAAGUUCAACAUGGAUCCUAAAAAGGGAAUCAAGUAUCUGGUUGACAACGAAAUUCUGGAAUGGAAACCAGACCGAGUGGCAGAGUUUCUGUAUAAAGAGGAAGGACUGAAUAAGACAGCCAUCGGAGACUUCCUGGGAGAGAGGGAGGAGAUGCACCUGCAGAUCCUCAAGGCGUUUGUGGAGCUGCACGAGUUUUCAGAUCUGAACCUGGUUCAGGCGUUACGGCAGUUCUUGUGGAGUUUCCGUCUGCCGGGUGAAGCACAGAAGAUCGACCGCAUGAUGGAGGCUUUCGCUACACGUUACUGUAACUGCAACGUCAACGUCUUCCAGUCCACAGACACAUGUUACAUCCUGUCGUUUGCCAUCAUCAUGUUGAACACGAGUCUGCACAACCCCAACGUGAAGGACAAGACCCCGCUGGAGAGAUUCAUCAGCAUGAACCGCGGGAUCAACAACGGAGACGACCUGCCCGACGACCUCCUGACGAAUCUGUACAACAGUAUACGGAACGAACCCUUCAAAAUCCCAGAGGAUGAUGGGAAUGAUCUCACGCACACCUUCUUCAACCCUGACCGAGAGGGCUGGCUGCUCAAACUGGGCGGCCGUGUGAAGACGUGGAAGAGACGAUGGUUCAUCCUCACUGAUAACUGCCUGUAUUAUUUUGAAUAUACCACAGACAAAGAGCCGCGCGGGAUCAUUCCUCUGGAGAAUUUGAGCGUGAAGGAAGUAGUCUUUCCCCGGAAACCGUAUUGUUUAGAGCUGUAUAACCCCAACAGUCGGGGUCAGAAGAUCAAAGCGUGUAAGACGGAGACCGAUGGCCGUGUGGUGGAGGGGAAACAUCAGUCGUACACCAUCUGCGCCGCUUCGGCCGAGGAGAGAGACGAGUGGAUCGAGUCCAUCAGGGCCAGCAUUACAAAAGAUCCCUUCUAUGACCUAGUGUCCGUCCGGAAGAAGAAAGUCAUCAACAAAGUCCCAGAGAAAUGAGACGAAACGACGGCGUGACUGAACUAUAACUACAGACAGCCAGAACUAUAAGAGCGUACUGCGUAUUUAUUUACACUCAGAGGAAGACGUCAUUGCUCAGAGGUUUCUCUCUCACAGCUCAGCAGAUGUAAUGGAGGAUUGUUCUCCUGAAAUCCCGUAGACACACAAACAGACUCAAAUGAGGCAGUAGUUGUAGAGUAUAGAGCUAUAGCAAUCAAUGUGGAGCAGCUCAGAUCAUUUCAUUGACUUGAAAUGGGGUCUUUUUGGCAAUGACUAUCCAUUUGACCAACAGUGGAGAUUAUAAAGAGACAUUAGCUGUGUUUCCAUCCAAAGAUACUUUCUUACCUCGGUUGGACGAUACAAACAUCACCAGAAAGACUCGGUUAUUAUCUAAAGCCAACAUGCUUCUGCCAUCUGAUCAAAUGUUUUGUUGAGUGUGUGUGUGAGAGAAAGUGUGUUUAAUGUGCAACUGAAUCCAUUAUGGAAACUGUGGUCUAAUAAUGAUCCAGUGCAGCAGAUGGAUUGAUUCCCUCGCAAACGACACAAACACACAUUUACUCUGUUUUGUAUUAAAUGUUUUUCAUGUAAAAUAUAUUUUGUAAAUACUACAGAUCAUAUGAAAGAUUUUAGGUGAUGCAUUGUACAAUUGAUUAUUUAAUUAAAGUUAUUUGAGAUUAAA